CGUCUUCUGUCUGGCCCUCCUGCUCCUGGGUCGGCGCAAGCAUCGUCGCUUUCCUCCAGGUCCAAAAGGACUUCCUCUCCUCGGAAACCUCCGCGAUAUGCCUCAGGGUAAAGAAUCGCCUCACAUAUAUAGCGAAUGGGCCAAGAAAUAUAACUCGGACAUUCUCCAUCUCGAAGUGCUCGGGACGCAUAUAGUGGUCUUGAAUAGCGCUAAAGUCGCAACGGAGUUGCUGGACAAACGCUCGAAAGUGUACUCUGGAAGGGUACAGUCCGUCAUGAUGUUCGAGUUGACUGGAUUUGAUAGAGAUUGGGGGCUCUUCGACUACGGAGAUAAAUGGAAGAAGCAUCUCCAGGUUCAUUAUCGUCACUUCGGUCCGAAGGCCUUGCAGGAAUACCAUCCGCGGAUGAUGAAAGGAGUCCGAACACUGCUCCGUCUACUGCAUGAAUCUCCAGAAGCCUACGUCCCACACUUGCGUUUGAUGACAGGAUCCACCAUUAUCAGCAUCGUCUACGGCAAAGAAGUACAGUCAGCGGACGAUCAGUAUAUCAAGUUGGCUGAAGAUACAAUCAAAAUAUUCUCGACCAUAGGCACGCCGGGAUCUUUCCUUGUGGACAGCAUUCCCGUCUUGAAAUACCUGCCGAGCUGGUUUCCUGGCGCCGGCUUCAAGCGUCAAGCAGAGCAGUGGAAGAAAACCGUGGAUGCGGCGUACGAACUGCCUUUCAAUGAAGUCAAGGCCGCUCUCAGGCGAGGAGACUCAAGUCCAAGCAUCACGAGGUCUCUCCUGGAAGGACUGAAGGAGGGCGAAGACACUAGAGAAAUGGAAGACGUUAUCAUGAAUGUCUCGGGAAUGGCAUAUCCGACGGCUUCCGACACAAUGAUCAUUACGCUGACAUCGUUUAUCCUGGCCAUGUUGCUUUAUCCCGAUGUUCAACGCACGGUGCAAGUUGA